UCUCUCUCUCUCUCUCACCCUAGGGGUUUCACUUAUUUCAAGUUCAAAAUUGCCGGGAAACUAACGGCUGGUAGGAACGAUUGUACGAAACCCUAGAGGCUUCUUCAUGCAUAAUCAAUUACGUCCAUGGACAUUGCUUCGUCGCCCUCCAAAAACCCUGAAUCCCCUCGCUUACCUCGUCUUAAACCCUUCAUUUUCUAAUACAGCAUCAGCAACUGAAGACGAUUCCAUCGAUUUCUCUAUCUCUAACCCUAGAGAUCCCGUUGGAGAAAUUCUCAGAGGUUUCAAAAGUUUUGGACCUUGUAAAUUCCUCAGCAGCGAUCUCUUCCGGAUGUUGAUUCCAUGUUUGAGUCCCUCACAAGUCGAUCAGAUUCUCCAUACAUUGGGAACCCAUGAUGCGGAGUCUGCAGUUGCUGUCUUCUAUUCCUUGAGAGAUAACUAUGGGUUUCGGCACUCUAGGAUUUCUAAUUUCGUUAUUUGCCAUGUCGUAGCUGAAAAGGGGCACCUAAGAGAAUUGCGUCAGAUAUUAAGAAAGAUGGUGGAAUCAGAAGGAUCUGAUUCGGCACCUUGUCUGUGUGAGCUACUGUGGAAUAAUUUCAAAGGGUGGAAUUCAAGUAAUCUGGUAUGGGAAAUGUUAGCUAACGUUUAUUCAAGCUAUGGGAUGGUUUGUGAUGCGUUGUUCAUAAUUGGUAGGAUGAAGCACUAUAACUUUCAAAUUUCCAUUUCAACGUACAACAAUUUAAUGUGCAACCUGAAACACAUGGAUGUCGUAUGGGAUAUAUACCAUGAAAUUAAAGCCAGUGGUCUUCCUCCAAGUGAAUAUACUCAUAGCAUCCUUAUAGAUUCUCUAUGCAAGCAGUUGAGAUUGGGAGAUGCAGUAGCCUUCUUUCAGGAGACUGUAGGAAAAGAAUUUAGACCCUGCAUCGUUUUGUUCAAUACCCUCAUUUCAGGGUUCUGCAGUGUGGGUUCUGUAGAUAUUGCCAAAUCAUUUCUUUGUAUGAUGCUCAAGUACGGAGUACUUCCUGAUGUCUACAGUUACAAUACUCUUAUUCAUGGGCUAUGUGUUGCAAGAGCUGUGAAGGAAGCCAUGGAGUUCUCCGAUGACAUGGAGAGGAACGGUAUUGAGCCUGACUUGGUUACGUAUAACAUUCUUGUUAAUGGUUUUCGUUUGCUUGGUAACAUGAAUGGGGCCAGGGACCUCAUUUUGAAGAUGCAGUUGAAAGGGUUGAACCUGAAUGUUGUUACAUACACGAUACUAAUCUGUGGACAUUGUGAAAUGGGCAAUAUCAGAGAAGGUUUGAAGUUGAGAGAAGAGAUGAUUUCACAAGGUUUUCAGUUGAAUAUUGUCACAUACAGUGUAUUGCUCAGCAGUCUAUGUAAAACUGGCUUACUUGAUGAAGCCAUGGGCUUGCUUUACGAAAUGGAAGCUGUUGGCUUGGAACCAGACCUUGUUACUUAUUCCAUCUUAAUUGAUGGCUUUUGCAAGAAUGGGCAGAUGGAGAGGGCAAUUAAGAUAUAUACAGAAAUGUGCUCAAAGAGAAUCAUCCCCAAUUCCUUCGUGUAUGGUGCAAUUCUGUCAGGUCUGUGCCAAAAGGGAAUGAUAUCAGAGGCAAGGGCAUAUUUUGACACCCUAACUCAGCAUGACUUAGUGGCAGAUAUCAUUUUGUAUAACAUAAUGAUUGAUGGGUAUGCAAAACUCGGUAAUAUUGAUGAGGCUGUACUACUGUACAAGAAAAUAAUUGAAAAUGGGAUUACUCCAAGUAUUAUCACAUUUAAUUCCCUAAUCCAUGGCCUGUGCAAGAAUAGGAGACUGGCAGAGGCUAAAUGGUUGUUGCAACAUGAAAUUCCGGUUUAUGGAUUGGUACCAAGCGUUGUGACUUAUACUACUCUGUUGGAUGCAUUUUACAAAGAGGGAAAUCUAAGGGAUGUGCUUGAAUUGUGGCUUGAGAUGGAAGCAAAAGUUGUUGAACCUUCUGUUGUGACUUAUACUGUAGUUAUAAAAGCAUUUUGUAAAAAAUGGAGGCUACAAGAAGCUGUCCGAGUACUAUUGGACAUGCGUGCAAAGGGUCUCACCCCAGAUCAGAUUACUUACAAUACCCUCAUCCACGGUUUUUUCAAGGUUCGAGACAUUAGAACCGCAUUUCAUCUACUUUGUGAAAUGCAACAGCAUAAUCUGGAGCCCAGUCCUGUUACGUAUAAUGUUCUCAUUAAAGGCCUUUGCAUGCACAAAGACUUAACCUAUGCUGAUAUGCUACUGCAUUCUCUUCAAGAUCCCAAUGUCAAAUUGACAAAAACUGCUUACACCACAAUAAUCAAAGCACAUACUGCAAAGGGCAAUGCUCAUAAGGCAAAAGUUCUUUUCAAUCAAAUGUUGGAGAGGGGAUUUGAAAUCACAAUUAAAGAUUAUAGUGCAGUGAUUAACAGACUGUGCAAAAAGUUCUUAAUAAAUGAAGCAAAAGAUUUCCUUUGCAUGAUGCUAUCUCACGGUGUUUAUCCAGAUCGAGAAAUAUGUGGGGUAAUGCUUAAUUCUUUUCGACGGAACGGUGAUGUCAGUUCAAUAUCUGAACUAAUGGCAGAGAUGACCAAAACUGGCUUGCUUACUGAUUAACUUCGGGGGAAGA